CCAAAACGUACUGUCUUUCUAUGUGUGUGUAUACAUGUCUAUAUAUCACUCCCACCUUCAAAUGCUGAGAAAGUGGGUUUCACACCAUAGUCAUAAAUCUCAUCAAGUAGAUAAAAAAAAAAACUCCAAAAACCAAAUUGCGUCUACUCUUCUUCUUCUUCCUCUUCUUUCUUUAUGUUGGAUUUUGAAUCUGUUUCCUCUCAAAAGAAAGAAACCAUGAGCAUUUCUUCCACCAAAGCUCAAUGUUUUCCACUUAAAUUCUGCCUCAUCUCUUAAAAGAUUCUUGAUUUUUUUCACACACCUACUCUGUUCCGUGUUUCCCGCUUCUUGCUCACCAUUGCUGUUUCUUGCACUUGAAACCAAACCAUUUUUGGGGUUUGCAGCGUUAAUGGCGCACUAAAACGUUCCCUGCCAAAAGGGUCAGAAAGAAACAAUUGGGUCAGAGCAAGUUGGCAUAAAAGGUCCCAACAGAAAACUUUCUCGUGUCAUUCAUCACAAGCUUCUUCACUAUUUUAUAACUACCUCGCUCAGAAGAAAGCAUUAAACUUGCAAACGACCCUUUUUCACGUAACAGAUUCUUAUCAAGAACCAAGAAAACAAAAAACAAUAUGUCCAUCUCUUGUACCAGAAAUUUCUUUGAAAGAUUCUGCGUUGAGGAAUACAAUAUCGACACCGUAAAACAGAGUAGUUUCCUCUCUUCUGAUCUUUUGCCAUCUCUUGGAGCCAGAAUCAACCAAUCUACUAAGCUCCGUAAACACAUAAUCUCUCCUUUCAAUCCAAAAUAUCGAGCAUGGGAGCUGUGGCUAGUUGUUCUAGUUAUUUAUUCAGCUUGGAUAUGUCCGUUUCAGUUUGCCUUCAUCACCUACAAAAAAGACGCGAUUUUCAUCAUCGACAACAUUGUUAAUGGCUUCUUCGCCAUUGAUAUUGUCCUCACCUUCUUCGUCGCAUAUCUUGAUAGCCACUCUUAUCUUCUUGUUGACAAUCCUAAGAAAAUAGCCAUAAGGUAUCUUUCUACAUGGUUCGCCUUCGAUGUGUGUUCAACAGCACCAUUUCAGCCACUGAGCCUACUGUUUAACUACAAUGGAAGCGAGCUUGGAUUCAGAAUUCUUAGCAUGCUUAGGUUAUGGCGUCUCAGACGAGUUAGCUCGCUGUUCGCAAGGCUUGAGAAAGACAUACGUUUCAACUAUUUCUGGAUACGAUGCACCAAACUUAUUUCGGUCACUUUGUUCGCUGCACAUUGUGCUGGAUGUUUCAACUACCUGAUCGCAGAUAGAUAUCCUAAUCCAAGAAAAACAUGGAUUGGAUCAGCAUUUCCAAAAUUCAAAGAAGCAAGUCUAUGGAACAGAUAUGUGACUUCUCUUUACUGGUCAAUCACGACAUUAACAACCACUGGUUAUGGAGAUUUGCAUCCUGAGAACCCAAGAGAAAUGCUCUUUGACAUUUUCUUCAUGAUGUUCAACCUCGGUUUGACUGCUUACCUCAUUGGAAACAUGACCAACCUCGUUGUUCACUGGACUAGCCGAACCAGAAGCUUUAGAGAUUCAGUGAGAGCUGCUUCAGAGUUUGCUUCAAGAAACCAACUCCCACACGACAUACAAGACCAAAUGUUAUCACACCUUUGCUUAAAGUUCAAAACAGAGGGAUUGAAACAACAAGAAACCUUGAACAACUUGCCAAAAGCAAUCCGGUCAAGCAUCGCAAACUACCUCUUCUUCCCCAUUGUUCAGAACAUUUACCUCUUUCAAGGAGUUUCUCGUGACUUCCUCUUCCAAUUGGUUUCAGAUAUAGACGCUGAGUAUUUCCCACCUAAAGAAGACAUAAUUCUACAAAACGAAGCGCCUACUGAUCUUUACAUUCUGGUCUCAGGAGAAGUGGACUUCACAGCUUAUGUCGAUGGACAUGAACAGAUUCAAGGGAAAGCAGUAAUUGGAGAUACAUUUGGAGAGAUUGGAGUUUUAUGCUAUAGACCACAACCUUUCACUGUAAGAACAACAGAGUUAUCUCAAAUACUAAGGAUCAGCAGAACAUCGUUGAUGAGUGCGAUGCACGCUCAUGCCGAAGAUGGAAGAGUUAUAAUGAACAAUCUCUUCAUGAAACUUAGAGGACAACAGUCGAUAGCAAUAGACGAUACAAAUAAUGAUCAAGAAAACAGAGGUUUCCAACGAAUGGGAUGGGAAGAGUGGAUGGAUUCAAGAAAAGAUGGCAAAGGUUCAUCAGAUGUUAAAGAUUCGGAUUUCGAAAGUAGUGAAAAGGCUCUAAUGGAUGCGAUUCACAAAGGUGAUACUGAAAUAAUCAAGAAGCUACUUGAGCAAGCGGUUAACACAGAGAAAUCUAAGGCUGUUGCGGAACAACAAGGAAAGAAAAACAUAUAUGAUCUCUUGCUAAGUUACGAAAUGAAAAGAGCUGAAGAACACAAGUCAGAGAGAGCAAAAGGUGAAAAUUCGAAUAGCGAAACCAAAGAAAGGAGUUGCGGUAACGAUUUAGAUCAACAUUGCAGCUCAAGCAUCCAAAUCAAGGGGUGUAAAGGAAAAGAUAAGAGAGUUACUAUUCACAUGCUGUCACAAGAGAAAGAUCUAUCAGAGAAACAGAACGGGAAGCUGAUACUCUUACCUAGAUCCAUCGAAGAGCUUCUAAGAGUUGCAGGUGAAAAGUUUGGAAGCAGCUUCACAAAGAUCACUAAUGCGGAGAACGCUGAGAUUGAUGAUUUAGAUGUCAUUUGGGAAGGUGAUCAUUUGUUUUUUUCAUCAAAUUGAGUUUGAAGGUAGUAAUUGAAACUCGUCUUCCUUCAGUAGAGCAAUGUAUAUCUGCAGGCAAUGUAUCAAAAGUAUAGUCUAUAAAAUUAAUACUGAUUGAUUGACACAAAAACACAAUCAUAUUUCUCAUCUUUGACUUGAUCACUCAUUAUUUUUUCCAAAAACGCGAG